AUGUCAGUCUUUGUGUAUGAGCUAUGUUUAACCCUCGUGUUUUUUGAUGUCGCUGCCGACAGACAGCCCUUCGGGCGCAUCACCUUUGAGCUGUUUGCAGACACAGUUCCAAAGACAGCAGAAAAUGUCCGUGUGUUGAGCACUGGAGAGAAAGGUUUCGGUUACAAGGGAUCGUGGUUUCACAAAAUCAUUCCUGGAUUCAUGUGUCAGGGUGGUGACUUUACCCACCAUAAUGGAACAGGCGGUAAAUCUAUUUACGGCGAGCUGUUUGCCGAUGAGAACUUCAUUCUCAAGCACACAGGCCCUGGCAUUCUAUCUAUGGCGAAUGCUGGUCCCAAUACAAAUGAGUCUCAUUUCUUCAUCUGCACUAAGAAAACUGAAUGGUUGGGUGGGAAACACGUGGUCUUUGGCCAAGUCAGAGAGGGAAUGGACAUUGUGAGGAAAAUAGAGAGUUUUGGCUCAAAGAAUGCCAAACCAAGCAAGAAGAUCGUCAUCUUUGAUUGCGGAGAUCUGAAAUAA